AUGGUGGACGCCUUCGUGGGUACCUGGAAGUUAGUGGACAGCAAGAAUUUCGAUGACUACAUGAAGUCACUCGGGGUCGGUUUUGCUACCAGGCAGGUGGCCAAUAUGACCAAGCCUACCACAAUCAUCGAAGUGAAUGGGGACACAGUCAUCAUAAAAACACAAAGCACCUUCAAGAACACAGAGAUCAGCUUCAAGCUGGGAGUCGAGUUCGAUGAGACCACGGCAGAUGACAGGAAGGUCAAGUCGAUCGUGACGCUGGAUGGCGGCAAACUUGUCCACGUGCAAAAGUGGAAUGGACAAGAGACAUCACUUGUGCGGGAAAUAGUUGAUGGGAAACUCAUUCUGACACUCACCCAUGGAAGCGCAGUCUGCACUCGUACCUACGAGAAAGAGGCAUGA